CUUUCUCUUACUCUCUCUGUCUCUGGGAUUUCAAUGUGUCACUUUUUUAUUUGUUAUUCGCACCUCUCUUUUUCACAUACAUUGACUUCUUUUCUUCUGAUUUUUUUUCCUUUUUCUUUUCCUUACUUUAAACUAAAUGACAAAGUAACAUACAGAGAUUCCUGAUCUGAAUUUCUCCGAGGAGAUAGAAUUUGGAGGUCCAGGAACUGCUUCUCUGGCACCUAUUAGGAUUGGUGAUCAAUAUCUGUCAGAAAGUCAUAGGCAAAUGGAGGAAUCUUCAAAUGGUAAAUUGGAAGAGACCCAGAAAGUUGAUCUGCAGGAAGAAGAAGGUAAGAAGGCGUCUGUUGAGGAUGUUGGAGAUUCCAAUCCAGUAGGUGAAUCUGGCGGUGUUAUAGAUAUUGUUGAUAUUUCUGAGUUUCAAAACAAAAGGGAUGUGAAGAUUGAAGAUUUUUCUGAGUCUGUAGAUGAAACCCUUGGAGCGAAGGAUUCCAGUUCCAGCACCAGCAGUUCAGAUGAAGAGAAAGAGACAGCUGUGGAAAGCACUCAAAUGUUGGAUUCAGAGCAACUGGAGGAGGCAAAAAAGAUUCUUGAGUCAAUUGAGCCUCCAGCUGAUUCAGAAACAAUUGAAAGGAAUGAAAAAUCUUUCCCAUCUUUGGAUGAGCCUUCUGGUGAAUCUUCUCCUUUUGUAUCAGAUUUACCAUCAAAGGAAAUAGAUGGGAAAACAUUGCAAAAUUCUGAGAAGAGUAAUGGGUUUCCUGCAGUUGUGACAGAUUUGGCAUCACAUUCUUCAUUUGAGAACGAAAACGAGUCUAAAUCUGUUGUUGAAACUAGUGUGGUAGCUAUGGGAAUUGAAGAAACAGGAUUGACUUCUCCAGAUGAGAAAAAAGUUGAUGAUACAGUUGUGACAGAAUCAACAGCUAGAGAAGAGAAUAGUGGGCAGUCCUCUGCUCAGGUAGUAGAAUGUAAGCCUUCCAGUGACAAUGGUGGUGAAGUGUGUGACAAACCCGAGACCUCUGAAAGCACAGUGAACCCUACUUUUGUACCUGUGAGUAGACGCUCCCUGGAACCAACUUCAUGGAGGGGCUGCUGUGGACUUUUUGAAGUUCUGCGUCGAUCUAAUAGAUAAAUUCAAGAAAAGGGAAGAUUAUGCAAUAUUGAAAUUGAACUGCGUCAAGAAGAAGGCGUUCAAACGGUUAAGCAGCCCAGCCUCUGAGAUGUGUGCUAUGUGUGAGGAGUGUGCUUCUUUCUGUUGGGUGAUUAAUUAUGCUUCUAUUUGUAAUAAAUUAUUGUAUACGUUUUACUGAGAUUGUUUUCUUUUUUGCUUUUGGCCAAGAACCUUUAUUUUUUCCUCUGUUUUUUGCUACAACAUUGUUUCGCUGUUCCUACACUGAUUCACUAGUGAAGUUUUUCUUAUCCAUUGUAUUUCAUAUCUUAUUUCCAUAAAUACAUCAAUGAAUUAUUAUAA